GCACCGAUAAUGAUCGCAAAUCACUUAAUGACACACUCCACCACACAUAGCCACAUCGCACACACUCCCCUCAUCACGCAUCAGUCUGACUUUUGGGGUUUGUGCUGCGAAAUAAUGUAAAUUUCGUUGUGGAAGGACACAUUUUUGGAGCUAAAAAUAUAACUACAAAUUUUCAUUUACUCAAUGCUAUCAAAGGCUGAAUAUUGAAAAUUUACUAUUAUUUUCCAACGCACACACACUCACACACAUACAUACAUACGCAUAGAUUUAGUGUCGGUGUCUGGUGAUAAAGUCUUUGGAGCAAAAUGUGGCAGCUGCAUUGGAUUUACGUGUGUUGCACGUUGCUCGUGGCGCAAAUGUUCUACCCCAGUGCGGGUGCAAUGAAAGUUUCACUCUUCGGUGAUGGCUACAUAACGAUGCCUCUGCAGGAGGCUAAAAUGUCCACAAAUAUACGCGUAAAAUUCCGUACACAACAAGAAAAUGCUUUUCUCUUCCUAGCCGCCGGACGCACCGAUUACUGCUUGAUGCGGCUAGAGGGCGCCACUAUUAGCUUUACCUAUAAAAUUGAUCACGAAGUCAUACAGCUUCGCUCACCAAAGAAGCAGCGCUUGAACGAUUUGGAGUGGCACGAUGUGGCCGUGCAACGUUACGAAAAUAACAUUACGCUGCAGGUGGAUGGUAAUAUAGUGCGCAAGACGUUGCCUGCCGAGAUGACAGCAUUGAAUGUGCAUUUCGGCACAUUCCUCGGCGGGGUGGGCGACUUUCCCGCUGAGUAUCUGAGCGAUGUGGUGGGUUUUCGUGGUUGCAUAUCGGAUGUAUUUUACAACAACAUCAAUAUCAUUAAACGCGCCAAAGAGCGCACAGGCCACACAACCAGCAUCGGCGUGACCUGGUCGUGCAGCAAUGAAUUUGAUGGCACCGUCAAGGAUGCCAUUAGCUUUCUCAACGAAGACUCCUUUGCGCUGAUGUCGAAAGAGUCUAACGCUGUGGGCGAGUCGCUUGCAAUGCAAUUUCGCACCAUGGAGGAGGCUGGUGUGCUAUUCUUCAACGGUGGCUAUGAUUUUGUACUUUUGGAGAUUGAAGAAGAAGCUGUGAAGUUAACCUUCAACAAGGCUGGCAGUCUCGUACAACUUUCGCCCAACCAGAGUGUCUCAGAUGGCAAAUGGCAUCGCAUUUUGCUGCGCUACAAUGCAGCUGUGGCUGAGCUGAUACUCGAUGAUGUUGUGUACAGCGGUACACAUGCCAACGACACCAAAACGUCCAUCAAUUUGGAGAAGAGUAUCUUCUUUGGUGGCGUGCAGGAGGAUAUGCGCAGGCGCUUGCUAAAUAAAGGUCUGCUGGUGAAUGAUCUAAGCUUCAAGGGUUGUAUGCGCGGUCUGCAAGUCAACAAUUUAGAGUUGGGCUUUCCACAAAUGAAGGUCUCACAUCAUUUGGCGGUUAAUUGCGUUUGGAAGUAUCCGUGCGUGGAGCACAGACCAUGUUUGAAGAGCGGCAUCUGCAAUCAGUACGGCAUAGAUGAGUUCAUCUGCUAUUGCGAUCAGUCGUACUGCAUUAAAGCCGAUUAUCAGGGGCCCUUCAAGAUCUUCACCGAAACGAGUCCGGAGCUGGAAUUGCUCUACGUCUCACCCAUGCAGUUACUCGAGGGCGGCACCGUUUUCUUGUCAACCCAUUUUAUCGACGUACUAAUCGAUAUGCGCAAAUUUUCUAGCCUAUCCGACUCGUCCAUCGUAUUCCACGUUGUACAACAGCCUAAAUAUGGCCAGUUGCUACAAUUUUCCGUCGAGAAGAAUAAUUUUGUGCAGAGUCGCACUUUCAGUUUGGUCGAUCUAUCCACGGACAAAGUCAAAUAUGUGCACAACGGCAUGGAGAACUUCAACGAUCAUGCCACGCUGGACAUGCAAGUGUAUGGCGAUAUGCACAAAGUGCCGGAGAAUAUUCUAGGCAAACAUCGUUUCCUCUUGCAUGCCAAUGUAACGCCCAUCAAUGAUCCACCACAACUGCAAAUCCCCAUCAACAAGAUUUUGCGUGUCAUUGAAGGCAUUGAGCGCGUGCUGGAUAUGGACUUAUUCAAUAUUGACGAUCCCGAUAGUGCAGCGACGGCUUUAAUUUACACAAUACUACCUUCAACAAAUCCGACCGAGGCCUUCGGCCGCUUCCUCGUCAAUGGCAUAUCCACUAUGACUUUCUCCCAAGCGGAUGUCAAUGCGGCAAAAGUUAGUUUUCUUUACAAUUCAACAACUACCGAGGCAUUCAGUUAUCAGAUAUUGCUACACGUCUCCGAUGGCAUUGAGACGAGUGAUACUGUUUAUCUGCCGGUAUCAGUGCACCCACUGGAACUGCGUUUGGUCAACAAUACCGGCUUGAUUAUGAUACACAAGUCAGCCUUGCCUAUAAGCCCGGCGAAUCUCUCCGUGGGCACCAAUACAGCAGAUGAGAAUAUCGAUAUUCGCUAUGAUAUUGUCAAGCCUCCUCAAUAUGGCGCUAUACAGCGACUGCGACAGAUCGAUUCGUCUUGGGUGAACGUGGAUUGGUUCAGCGAUAGUCAGAUGCUGCUCGGACACAUACGAUAUGUGCAUGGCAGCGAGUUUCCGUGGCAGGAUGAGUUUAAGUUCAUUGCAUCCUAUGGCUUCGUAACUACACAAACUUUUGACUUUCGUAUCACUUUUACGCGCCUACGCAUCAAUGCCGCCAAACCCUCCGCCAUUGCAGUUAACGGUACGCGCGAAUUUUUGUUAACCAGUGACGUAUUGACCUAUGAGACAGUGCCAAUAGAUACCUUUCCGAGAAAUAUAAUUUACAAAAUCCUCAAACCCACAAAAUAUGGUGCCAUAUACGUCGAGGGCUCGCGUAAAUUUGCGAAGGAAAUGGACUCCUUCACCCAGCUGGAUAUCGAUAAAAAUCGUAUACGCUACAAAACUCAUCUCACCAGCUAUUCCAGGUUUAUUGAUUAUCUGGAGUUUGUCGUAUCUGUGGCAGAGUGCGAUGAUGUGAUGGGCCGUCUGAAAAUCCUCUUCACGCCACUCGAGUCGAACACAGAUAAACUCACGUAUCAGAAACGUGACACCUUGCAUGUGCAGGAAGGCGAACGUGCGCUUAUCACGAAAAACCAUUUUGAGAUACGUUUUAAUCUCUAUGAGAGUUUACAGUUCACGGUGACGGAAGCACCCAAGUAUGGUACUCUGUGCCGCUACGAUGAGCAGGCGGCUAAAGUCAUACCAAUUACGGAAUUCACAUUGGAGCAAUUGUUUUUGAACGAUGUAUACUACUGCCACGAUGAUACUGAGUCCACAGAGGACUCCUUUGAUCUGCUCAUACUCUCCACUGAUGGCACUGAUUUGCAAUUUGUAGCCGAUAUUGAUGUGCGCAUCAAGUUGAUCAACGAUAAUGCGCCGUAUCGCACAGCGGAACGUGUUUUCCAUGUGGUGCGUGGCGGUUACCGUACGCUCAAUCCGGAUGUGCUGCAAUACCUGGAUGUGGAUGUGAAUACAAAUCGUUCGGAUAUACUCUUCAUACAUGUUUCGAGCACGAAUGGCGCAUUCUUCAAGUCGGCCAAUUUUAUUGAUAGUUUCAGUCAGGAUGACAUCACCAAUAGGCGCAUAGCUUUUCAACAUAAUGGACCAGAUGUGGGCACUGCGUCAUUCAUAGUAACCGAUCGUCAGCAUGAAGUUAAUGGUUUAUUGGAAAUACACGCGUCGGAUCCGUUCGUCUCCAUGUUGCCGACGAAUGCCUCGAUUGUGCAAGAGGGAAAAUUCGUUAUUUUGCGUAAUAAAGACUUUGUGUUAGAGACAAAUUUAGACAUGAAAUUGGAUGAGAUCUAUUAUGAGGUAAUCAAGCCGCCAGCUUAUGGGAUUCUCAUGUAUUUGGGUCGAUCGAGAAGUGGCGGGGGCAAUGAUACCACAGCAGGACAGAGCAAGGCAUCGAAUCUGACAUCGUUGACUAAUUUCACGCAUUUGGAUAUCGAACGAGAUCGUUUGGUAUACUGGAAUACGGAGAUAGCAUCGAUGGACAAAGUGCGCUAUCGCGUGCAUAUCAAAAACAUAUCCGCUGAGGGCGAGGUGAUCAUGCGCAUAUACCCAUCAGCCUACUGGGAACCAUUGCAGGUGAAGAAGAAUCAAACGCUUUACGUCGAGGAGUCUACUAGCGUGCUGAUUUCACGCGACGUGCUGGAGGUCGUGCAUCCCAAUAUCUCGCCGGGUGAUAUCACAUUCCUUGUUACUUCCUCACCGCUACAUGGUUACUUGGAGAUGCAAUCCAUGUCUUUCGAUGAUGAAUACAAUUGCAAGGUCUUCGACCAGUCGGCUAUAAAUACUGAGAAAAUGUUCUAUAUCCAAGCGGGCGUUAAUCAAUCCAUGGACUAUUUUGUGUUUGAUGUGACUAAUGGCAUUACAUGGCUGCGAAAUUUGAUGUUGAAAAUCGUCAUUAUACCGGAGAAGCUUUACAUGCACACGAAUGUGAUUUCCGUGGUUGAAGGCAAAACGGUCCAACUCAGCUCCUCCGACAUUCAACCCUUCUCAGAGUACUAUCGUGGGAAGAUUCUGGAAUACAUUGUCACAAUAGCACCGACCUCUGGUUACAUUAUGGCUGCCAACUCGAAAGUGAAACGUUUCACCCAAAAGCAAUUGGACCAGGGCAGCAUACAGUACAUACACAACGGCAACGAGAAUGCCACGGAUAUCAUGACUUUGAUAGCAACAGCUAGAAACAAGGAGAGCGUACCAUUUGAAUUGGAAUUCACUGUGAUACCGGUCAACGACGAACAGCCAAUGGUGGUCACGAAUACUGGCCUACAAGUGUGGAGUGGCGGCAAAUACAUCAUUAAGUAUACGGAUCUUAUGGCUCAAGACUAUGACACACCCGCUGAUAAUAUCACCUUCAUUGUGAAUUACAUUUAUGGCGGCUAUCUGGCGAAACGUGACGAUACACAGCAGAAGAUCGAUACUUUUACGCAAGCGCAAAUCAAUAACGAGGAAAUCUACUUCAUACACGACUCAACUUCGCGUCGCAACGAAAUGUCAUUCAUGGUCACGGAUGGUCUUUUCAAUACCACCGAUCAGUUGCUGAAUAUCGCCAUCCGGCCUGUAGAAAUACUCGAGGAGCGCAAUACAAAUUUGCAUGUAUUUCCACUUACUAAAAAACAAAUUCUGCGUGAUCACUUAUACUUCCGUUGUUCCGACGAGGGACGUGAUAUUUACUACAAUGUCACAGUACCACCGAGCUUGGGCCGUAUUGUGAAUGAGUACCUGGAUAAUGGUUAUGCGAAGGAGGUUUCCGGCUUCACUCAGAAUGAUAUCGAUAAUGGUCGCAUUUUCUAUGAACAUACUGCCGUUAUAAUGGAGUUUCGCAUUAAUGAUUCCUUCUACUUCGACGUGGUGGCUGAUCGUAGCGAUCGUUUGUUAGAUCAAAAGUUUAACAUAGAAAUUUCUGUAUCCUCGGGUGGUCUGCUAAGGUUUUUGCCCGUUUCUAAACUGCAAGUAGACGAGGGUGGUUCGGUGCCGAUUAAAUUGGACUUUUCGAAAAUCUUGGAGUACUUGAAGACGCGCGCUGGUAUAGUUAAUCCAGAAUUAUAUAUUGAGUCGACACAGAAACCGAUGCAUGGCACCAUUGGACUGGGACAUGAAUUCAAAGCGGUGCAAAAGUUUCAGCCAAGCGACUUUUUGACAAAGAAGGUUUACUAUAUACACGAUCACUCGGACACGCUGGAGGAUACGAUUUUAAUGUCGGUGUAUUUGUCGCAGUAUCUAGCGCAAGGCAACAUCUUCCUCUGCAAUCUUACAGUGCCGAUCUCAGUUAAACCCAUCAACGAUCAGCCCUUUACGCUCAUGACACAUUUCCCGCAAAUGACCGUCGUCGAGGGUGAGAACCAAACUAUCACGCGCAAUGUGCUACUCACUGAAGACAAGGAUACGCCGCCCGAUGAGAUCGUCUACGACGUAAUGAGCGGUCCCACGCUGGGUGUGCUCAAGAAAGUCAAUAGUGAAGGGCACGCUGAAGAUUUGCUUGCCUAUUCCAACCAGUUUACGCAAGCCGAUAUCAAUAAUGGGCGCAUUGUGUUCGUGCACUUCGGUACACCACAGUCGACCACCUUCUGCUUCACCGUCUCUGAUGGCCAGUUCAAUCCAGCCUAUGAGGUAUUCACUAUAAAAAUUGCACCCAUUAGUUUAUUGUCGGCCGAUUUCCAGUAUCCGGUGCAAGUACCACAAGGCGCCACAACCACCGUCAUGAGGUUGGAACAUAUUUCAUUACGCACGAAUGUGCAACCCGAGCGCUUGUCGUACAAUAUAACCAAUUCACCAUUGUAUGGCAUCAUUGUUUACAAACAUCAGCCGACGCUACGUUUUAAUCAGCAUCAAUUGGAGACGGGACAAAUCAAUUAUAUGCAAACGGAUCUGAACCGCUCGAAUGACACGUUCCAAGUGAGCGCCUAUGUGCCAGGCACCAUUUACACAGCCACGGUAGAUGUCGUGGUUGCCGUGGAACCAGUAAUAAAAAUCUCCAAUAUUUCUAUGGUGAAUGAAGUGGGAAAGGUGCGUUUACAAUCUUUGCUAGUCGCAGAUAAUCCGCUCUCGCUGAAAUUGAACAAAUUCAACCCGAAGUUUGUCAUCACACGCAUGCCCAGCACCGGCCAGUUGCGAAAGAUUAUACGCAGCACCGGAUUGGCGCCAGAGUCGCAAAAUGAUCGCACAACCAAUAUGUUUUCGUACAAGGAACUGCGCAGCGGUGUCGUCUACUUUGUGCCCAAUGAAGCAGUUGAGCAAACGGUGGUGGAUAUGGACAGCUUCGAGUAUCAACUGCUCAUAAAGACGGUACAACCAGCACAGGGAAUGGUGCAUAUCGAAUAUCGCGCGCCGAGAGAUGUCACUGGGAAUAAAGUGACGAUGGCUAGCAGCGACUUCAGCUUUAAUUACAUUGCGCUGUUGGUUGUGCUUAUUGUGCUCAUCGUUUGCAUCCUGGUUGUUAUGUUCCUGCUCAAAAUACGUUACUUGCGGCGCGAUAAGGCGGACAUUUCCAAGGAUCAGCCACCCGCUUUGCCCUGCCCACCCGACUUGACUUCAGUUAGUCCGCAACAUCAUCACCACCACCAUCAUCAUCAUCACUAUGCCAACUCGGAGGCAGAUUCGGUGCCCGCUACGGGCGCUUCAACGCCGCUACCCGGUUUCAGUAAUAUUCCACAUUGCAAAAUUAUACCCGUGGAAUCGUAUAAGCACGACUAUCCCGAUUAUGAUCCCGACGAAGGUGAUGAGACAGAUGAUGCUCAGCAAAUGAUGUUGCCGCAACGGUACAAUCCCUAUCACAUGGAAAAUGACACGUGGAGUUCGUCGUGCGAUAUGGCCAAUGAUUUUGGUGGUUAUUCAACGGUGCCCCAGAGCAGCGCGCCCACAGCAACACCGCCUUCGGCCCCGGCUAGCAAUCCGCUAUUGCGAAGAAAUCAGUACUGGGUUUAAGUUCGUAUGAGGCGCCAAUUUAAUGUGGGUGAGAGGUAGGGUUUUUGAGGGCAGGGGGGUGAAUAGUGUACGCAGUGCAAAUGUGCCUUUUGAAACAUUUUUCUAAGUGCUUUACUUAAGUUAUUUAAUUAGGAUAGAUUUAUAGGAUAGUUAAAAAGGCAAAUAGUUAAGGAUUUGUAUAUUCAUAGAGUUCGCUACGCGUAACGAAUAAAAGACGAAUUUUGUCGAAUGGUCAAAUAAACAGGUUCAGUGCAAAUACAAAUUUUGCAGAAAUAUACCUUCAAUGUUAAUCAAAGUGCCAUAUUUGAUGCAAACUGAGGUUAAAGUGGCGUUAAUGCUCUCGAAGGUUCUUUGGAAGGCUUCGUUUGGAUUAAUUUUCUAUAAAAUUUACGCGAUCCCUUUAGUACAUCGAGGACAGUUUUCUCAUUUUGACAAUAGAUUGCGCUUUCCUAUACGAAGACUAUUAUCAUUUUCUCAGCAAUUCGACAACAAAAGUUUGGCACUUACGAAACUACAGCAACACACGCGUAAUUUUUUUGAAAAUUAUAAUUUGAACUCAAACUUGGCUUCAAAAUUUUAAAGGCAAUUUCAUCUGGUUUUUAAUCAAAUCGAUCCUAGAGUUUAGUACGCUUUUGAGAGAGGGAAAAUGUGUAACCGAUUUUUUUUUUUGAAGGAGGUUUAAAUUAAAAUGUCACAAACAUCUCAAAGGUACCGUCACACCAAUGGUAUGUGGGGCACGGUCCGACUAAUACUGUAACAAUCCUCUCACCUUGGCUAUAUUCUAACCUGGGACCACAAAAGUAUGAUAUCUGGGUCGAGUCGCGUUUAUGUCCAAAGACACAACAG